ACUUGUUUGAAAAUACACCAUAUUUUGUAUUUUGCUCACCAACAUAUUUAAAAUACUGUGAGUGAGGAACUACUUAUUGAAUACAGACCGAUACAUAAUACCAGUUUUAUUUAUUAGUCAUUGUAUAUUUCCUAUUAUUCUCUAGAAAAUCGAAUUCUACAAAGGCAGUAUUUGGACAUACUGUGCUUAUUGCGUCGGCUAGCUAGCUCGCUGCUAGUUAUGGGUGGAUGUUCAGCUCCAAACUGCUCGAACUCAACAACCAUUGGGAAACAACUAUUUCGUUUUCCCAAAGAUCCUGUACGAAAGAAGAAAUGGCUGGUGAACUGUCGGCGUGAUUUUGUACCCACUCCACACUCCAGAUUGUGUCAGGACCAUUUUGAGCCCAGCCAGUUUGAAGAAAUAGCCAGGUCGCCAGCAGGGGGAAAGAAGCUGAAACCAAACGCUAUUCCCACUUUAUUUAGUGUUAGAGACCCACCUUAUCCCAUCGCCACUCCUCAGAUUCUGUUGCCAUUGAAACCAGAGCCAGUGGAAAGAGAUCUGAAUGUGGGAGACCAUGGCUAUGCCAGGCGUCAGCCUCUGCCAGGGAUGGAAGAUGAGGAUGCAGACAUGGAGGAGUUGGAGCACCCCUGUACCAAGUGUCAAAUGUACAAGAAACAGCUGGAGCAGGAGAUGCAGCAUACAGCCAGACUGCAGAGAGAGGCAGAGGACAUGAAGAAGCGCCUGUACAGACUAGACAAGAUUGAGAAGGGCCUCCAGAACUUUCUGUACGAGGACCAGAUCCGGGCCCUGUCGUUGACCAAGCGCUCGCGACGGGCCGUCUGGUCUCCAGAGACGGUGCUGAAGGCCCGGAAGAUCCGCUGUGCCGUGGGCACCAAGGGCUAUGAGUUCCUGCGAGAGAUGGGCUACCCACUCCCCUCCUACAGGACACUGUGUAACCGCCUGGAGACCAAGAUCAUGGUCACCACGGCGAUGAGCUGCGAGGAGCUGGCGGAGCUGGGACUGGGCCUCAUGACGUCCUGCGACAGCCCUGAGGGGGAGGAGGAUGGGGACAAUGACGAGGAGCUACUGGGAGUCAUGUCCUGAUCCACACACUUGACUUUGACUUCUCCUCCUCGUUCCUGCUGCCACAGAAGGCAGAAGGCACAGGCAUUCCCCUUCCUCACCAGGCAGUCUGUGACCUGUGGCUUCCACAGCCUGGUCACCAUCCUGAGAGACUUGAGCUUUGCCGUGAUGUGUAUUUUCAUUUGAUGCAAAUGCACAGGAUGCCAUGACGACGUAGCCAGCCUAAGUUGGACUGCUGGGUGAUGACCAGAUGUGGUGGCUGGCUGCGUGGUGUGCAGGUGCCCUCUGUUCUAGGAGCGAUUUGCUUCAGGUCUUGUUUCACGCUAAUAAGUAUGUAAAUGAAACAAAAAACCUUCCUCGUUUUGCUUCAAAGUGCUUAAAGUGAAGUAUUUAAAGGUUCGACCCGUACACCCUGUACCCUUCCACACCUGUGCUUUAUCAAACGCAAGGUUAUCAGAUCAGCACAUUGUUCAUAGGGUGAUCUGAAGGGGCCCCCAUUCACAAGGAUGGGAGAGUUCGAUGGCAUUCAUGUCGAAGUUCAGAUUCUUUUAGAACAGGUUUGGCUGGUUUCUAUAGUAACCAUGUGCAAGCACUCCUCUCCUCAGAUGGGAUGAAGCGGGUUGCAAAAACAACCGUCGCACUAGUCGGAUCAAUUGUAUCUACUUCUUCAUCUUGUUCACACACUAAAGGGACUUUAGAACACAUGUAGUAUACCUUGAUGAACACAGUCACUGUGUAAAAUAAUAAAGGCAAAUGUGUUGUAUUGUGUUUAAAAUACCCGUAGAUGAAGUGAGUGGGAUCAGUGUUCAUGGAAUGCGCAGCACAGACAUCCUUGUUUUGUACUUUGACCGGAUCAAAGUACCACCCACUCAUUAGAAUUGAUUGCCUUUUGUUUUUAUAACGCAAAUCAACAUCCAGUGAACUCAUCAUUGGUCUGGUUCCAUAAAGCCUAACUGGAAAGAGCAGCAUGGGCAGGAACUCUCUUCUCUUGAAUUUCCACAUAUUGAAUGAUCGAAAUCAGUCUGGCUAGCUGCCAACCAUGCAGGUUUUGUACCAUGUUUGUCCACCCCCUAAUGCAGCACCAACCUUGACCCUUUUGGACAUGGCCUAAACUUUGCUUAACGGUAGUCACUAUCACCCCAUCAGGUAGUGUAAACAUCGACUGAUUACCUUAUGAAAUGUUUUUAUUGAAGUGUAAAAAUGUAUAAAUGGGUCUUCUGCUGGGUUAAAUACGUGGAGUUGACAUGAUAUGCAUUUAUUAAAUACUAAUAAUG